UAUAGGUUUUCUGUUCUUUCGGUGAUAUUUCUGUAUCAGAAUACUGAAUAAAUAAUAUCAAAAAGAAAUAAAUACUCAUGCAAUUUUCACUAUUCCGACGGGCGCUCAAACCUAGGACGUAAAUUAUAGAAAGUGGUAGUUGUAUAUAAAAAAGAAACAACCGUAUUGUGAUACAACAUACAUAGAUGAAUAAUAGAAACCAUUGUAUUCACUAAACGAUAAACAGUCAUUAAGACAUUCUAAAUGGACAAAAAUAGACCUUAAUCUGGUUUUAUUCAAAUCGAAUAACUUUUGAUUUAGUCUUCAUGUUGACUUUAUGCCAUAAUUACUUUGGAGUGACAUCUAAUAACAAAAAUAACAAAGAUGAUGGUCAAAGUUUUAGUAAAAGAAAAUUUGCCUUUGGAUUAUUUAUUCUAUUUCUCGUUAGCGUGUUAUGGGUUGUUUCAUCAGAGCUGACAAAGUAUAUAUAUAUAGAAAAAAAACUCGAAAGGCCCUUUUUAGUGACAUACGUAAGGAGUUCAUUGUUAUUUGUGUAUCUCGUAGUGUUAUGUUUCACUCCACCGACAAGAGAUCCUUGUCAGCCUGCAGAUUAUACUCAACUAUUAGAGCCAACUACAGAAACAGAUGAUGAGAGCUUUUACACAGAAUCUAACAACAGCUUGGGUGAUUCAACUUUUGUUCCUGUACGAGCAGGAGAAACUACAGAUAGUGAUGACGCUACCCCAAGAGCAGUACGAUUCAAUAAAGUAGCAGAGGUACGUGUAAUGUCAGCGGCGAUGGCUGGAGAAGCGUUAUUGGCGCGCCUGUCGUGGUCUGCAUCCAUUCGAGCUACAGAGUACGCUCAGCGUCGAGCCGCGGCUGCAGCUACGAGACGACAUAUAAAACUGGCUCUUGUAUUUUGUGUACCUUGGUUUAUCGCCAACUAUUUAUACCGCCUCAGUUUACUUCAUUCGUCUUCGUGUUCUGCGACUCUGUAUACGUCUACAACUGCAGCGUUUGCACUAUCGUUUGGAGCGCUUUUCGCUCAAGUACCAACCGAUAGAUUCUCUCUCUCAAAAUUUGUCGCUGUCCUACUCACUACAGCGGGUCUUGUUAUUUUAGGUGUAUCAGAGAGUCAUCAAAGUAAUUGGACAGCUGUUUUAGCCGCUAUAGGAUCUGCUUUUUGUUAUUCUUUACAUCUCAUGCUAUUUAGACAAGAAUUAAGAAAAGGGGAUGGAAUUAACUCAUUUUUAUUAGUUGGUGUAGUAGGUUGUGCCUGCGGCUGCUUAGCUUGGGCAGUCGGUGGCGUUUUGGCCGUCAGUGGCGUAGAACGUGCUGAAUUGCCGUCUCCGCGACUUUGGAGCUGGUUACUAUUAGAUGCUGCACUGGGACCGCUGCUGCUGGAAUCAUUGUGGCUAUGGGGGCGCUGCCUGACGUCGUCGGCGACGGCGACGGCGACGCUGGCGCUGACGCUGCCGCUGUGCGCGGUGGCGGAGGCGUGGCGCGACGGCGGCAGCGCGUGGCGCACGGCGGCGGCGCUGCUGGCGGGCGCGGGCUGGCUCGUCGCCGCGCUGCCCGCGCCCGCCGCGCUCGCCGGCCUCGCCGCGCGCCUGCGCGCCGCCGACGGGUUCGCAGCAAUAAGGAAUAUAUCAGAAUUAGACGAACAAUCAGAGGCUCUGAUGUCGUCAGAGGAACCGACGUAACCCUUAUCGAGUGCGCGCUAUGAAGUUGCUGCGAGUGUGAAAAGCACAGAGUUAGUUGUGUGAACACCUUUCGUUAUUACUAGUCUAAUAUGUGCAUAGAAUGUAAAGAGUACCAAUAUAUGAUUAAUUUUCGAUAACGUUACAUCAAUAUUAAAUACUUCGAGAAGUAUUUUGUCUGCAAGACCAUUUUAUCAAUUAAAAGUGAUGUUUUAUCAGUAUAGUCGCCGUACUUUUGAAUGACACGACAAAACCGACUCGAUGACUUGAAAAAAAACGUAAACCGCAAAAUAAAAAGUAGCAAUAUAUGCAAGAAAUUAAUUAGUUUAAUUACUUUUUUUUUAUUUUUUCACACAUGCUCGCAGACAUUUGCUUUUCAGUCACUUCUUCUAUUUAACUUAAAUGUCCGUAUUAUAUAAGUGUAUGUAAAUUGUAAGCGAGUAUGGUGCGCAAUUCCCAAGGCCUUGUUAUAUUGUUUAUCGUUUUUUGAUGAUGAAAUAUUAUUGUAAAUAAGCGACUCAAUACUAAUUUUGAACCAAAGGUUUUAUAUAUCUGUAACUUUAGUCUAUGGCAUUUGUCAAUCGCCAUUUCGUGUCAAGUGCGGCGGCUAUAAUUAUCGUAUAUAAUUUAAUAUAUAUACUAAAUAAUCAUUCCACUAUUUGUAUAGUCUUAUCCAUUACAAUACAUAUUAAUGUAUUAUAGAUAUUCCUGUUUUAUAUUUUGUUUUGUUUUUAUGAACUGAUAAUUAAGAAAUUAGGUCAAUUUAAAAAAUCUCGUUUUAUAUAUUUUUGUCCUAAAAUAAAAAUAUACAAGUUUCGCCUAUACAUACGACAAUAUUUAAUUUUCAGGUCACUACCGUGCCUUUUAUCUCUAAAAUUAACUUGUAACUUAAAGUAUCAUCAUGAGUUGUUAGUAUAAUAACAACUAUAUAAUAUCAUGACCAUUUUUAUUUGUUUUAUAUUGCUUUGAUUUUAAUGUUAAUCAGUAUUUCUGGUAUGAAUAUAUCACGCAUUUGUCUCGUAUUUAAAUAUAUUUUAUAAAAAAAAAAAAAUUCUUUAGAAGUAUAAAGUAGUGAAUUAUGCAAUGGUACAUCCCACCCCUUAAAUAAUUUAUUUCGCUAUUCACUCCGUACAAAACAAAAAAAAUAUUAAAUGUUUUGACGAAAUUAUAUGCCACGUUGAACAUAAAGGACGUUUUAUGUAAUUUUGAAAUCUAAGAACUAAAACUGUGUUAUUUAUUAAGUAAUAAAAGUAUAAUAGUAUAUUUAUUUGUCUACAUUUAUUUAGCAAUUUUAGUUAUUUUAAAAUUACUUCUUAAAAUUAUUAUUUAUUUACUUCUUAAAAACUUUGAACAUAAAAUAAAAGUUAUGCACAAAAUUUUAUAUUUACAUCACGACUCUAUUUAUUAUUUAUUUAUGAGAUAUAUCAUUUUAAAAUGAUAUUCAUACAUUAUUUUAUUUGAAAUACAAUACAAUAACGUUCGGUAACACAAUCAAAAAAUGUAGAAGAAAAAUUGUAUUCAGUUUUAACACACAUAAACACAAGUAUAUAAGAAAAUGUAGUUUAUAUUUUUGUGAAAUAAAAUAUUUCCUCAAUAACCGGUUGUAUAGAAACUUAUAUAAUAUCGUGUUAUUAAAAUAGUGUUAAUUAUAUUGACGUUUUUUAAGUAUUAAUGAAUAAUCCGGUUUAUGUGACACAGUAUUGAGUUGAUUGUUUUUUUUUUAUUUCGACACAUUUGUAGCAAUAGAU